AUGAGCUUAGAUCGGGAUCAACGCAGGCGAGAUGCUGACAUCAAAACGUCUGGGGAAACCGAGUCGUCCGAGCUCUGUCAAUUGUCACCCUCGGGUCCCGUCAAUGCAUCACCACUGAAGAGCGCACCGGUUUUGACCAAAACUAAAGAAAGGAUAUCCGACCCCGUUAUCGCAGCAUUCAUUGCUGGAGGGGUAGCCGGUGCUGUAUCUAGGACGAUCGUAUCACCACUCGAACGCCUCAAAAUCUUGCUUCAGAUUCAGACUGUGGGCAGAGAGGAAUAUAAAUUAUCCAUAUGGAGGGCUCUCGUGAAGAUUGGAAAAGAGGAAGGCUGGAGAGGCUUCAUGCGUGGUAACGGCACAAACUGCAUUCGCAUAAUACCCUAUUCCGCCGUCCAGUUCGGGAGCUACAACUUCUACAAAAAGUUCGCGGAACCUUUUCCAGAUGCUGAGCUGUCGCCAAUCCGGCGCUUACUAUGUGGAGGAGCUGCUGGCAUCACUUCGGUCACCAUCACAUACCCUCUCGACAUCGUCCGAACGCGACUCUCUAUUCAGUCAGCAUCUUUCGCUGCUCUCGGUCAGAGAGGUACUGCCGAACAACUGCCUGGAAUGUUCACAACUAUGGUUUUGAUUUAUAAGAAUGAGGGUGGUUUUGUUGCCCUCUAUCGCGGUAUUGUCCCCACAGUCGCUGGCGUUGCUCCCUAUGUGGGCCUCAAUUUCAUGACAUAUGAGUCUGUUCGCAAGUAUUUGACUCCUGAUGGGGAUAAGAAUCCCAGUCCCUGGCGCAAGCUACUAGCAGGUGCUAUCUCAGGGGCUGUAGCUCAGACCUGCACAUACCCAUUGUGA